UCGCCCAAGAAACUAAACUUCAUUACAAGCCCACCACAGCAUCAUCAUCGUCGUCAUCAUCAUCUAACAUGGCACCACCAUCAGCUUCAUUAUCAUCAAAUGCUGCUGCUGCUGCGGCGACCGCUGCAUUAUUGCAACCUCUUCCUCCUCCUUUACCCUCAAUCUCUGCCACAGACAUUAAAGAGGACCCGAAUAAAAUCGAUUUGGUCGGAGCUGUGCGACGCAAACACUGCAAUUGCAGUAAAUCUCAGUGCCUGAAACUCUAUUGUGAUUGUUUUGCCAAUGGUGAAUUUUGUCAGGAUUGUACAUGCAAAGAUUGUUGCAACAAUCUGCAGAAUGAAGAUGAACGUCAACGGGCCAUACGCAGCUGCUUGGAAAGGAAUCCCAGUGCAUUUAAACCAAAGAUAACAUCAUCCAGUGAUUUAGGAGAUAUGCGUCUACACAACAAAGGUUGCAAUUGCAAACGUUCGGGAUGCCUUAAGAACUACUGUGAAUGUUAUGAGGCCAAGAUUCCGUGUAGUUCGAAUUGUAAAUGUGUGGGAUGUCGCAAUGUUGAAGAUCGUCCCGAUUUGGAUAUGGAUCCGGUUGAUCCCAAAGUUAUGGCAACAAUAGCAAAUGCCAGCGGCAACGCCUCCACAGGUCAAAAACGGUCUUACGAUAAACGUGAUUCAUAUGGCAACGUCAAGACAGAAAAAUAUGGCAGAGAUAGUGUAAAGCAAGAAUAUGGUGCCGAACUGAAUAGUGAUUUGGCACCACCGGAAAAACAACAAUGUAAUUUUAUUACCCAAGAAGUUGUUGAUGCCACCAUCCAAUGUAUGGUCACCCAGGCAGAUGAAUGUGAAAAGAAUGGCCUUCCCGCAUAUCAAAUGGAAAAAAUGGUUAUGGAGGAGUUGGGUCGCUGUCUAGUGGAAAUUAUCGAUUUCUCCAUACGCAAUACAGACACCAGUUAUACUCAAGAUUAA